UGGUAUUCCAGGCAUGCCAGGGAUGCAGGGAAUGAGAGGAUUUCCUGGCGUGCCGGGAGUCACCGGAAUAAAAGGCAAACAAGGCGAGAGAGGCAUACUUCGGGAGACUUUAUCAAUUCCUGGACCUCCCGGAUUGCCUGGACCGCCAGGAUUACCAGGCUAGUCUACAUACUAAAGCUAAAUGUAAAAUUUCCUAAAUAUAAAGGUGCACCUGGACUGAAUGGGGAAGAUGGAAAGCCUGGUGAAGACGGGCAACCCGGAGAAGGUAAAAAUAUGAUA